CCGCGCCCUUCGCCCCUCCUUCUAAAUAGCCCUGAAACCUCUCCUUCCCUCCUCACACUCUCUGUUUCUCUCUAUUUCCUAUUGUUUUUUCCUUUCAUUACCUUUUCUGCUUUUCAGUAUCAUUCUUUGUUUCUCCAUCCAACAUGGGUUCUGGCGGGAAGGUCAAGAUCGGAAUCAACGGAUUCGGAAGGAUUGGACGGUUGGUAGCGAGAGUCGCUCUGCAGAGGGAUGAUGUUGAGCUUGUAGCUGUGAACGAUCCCUUCAUCACCACUGAUUACAUGACAUACAUGUUUAAGUAUGAUAGUGUCCAUGGACAAUGGAAACACCAUGAGCUCAAGGUGAAGGAUUCUAAGACCCUUCUCUUUGGCGACAAACCAGUCACAGUCUUUGGUGUCAGGAACCCUGAAGAGAUCCCAUGGGGUGAGACUGGUGCUGAGUAUGUUGUGGAGUCGACUGGUGUGUUCACCGACAAGGACAAGGCUGCCGCCCAUCUCAAGGGUGGUGCUAAGAAGGUCAUCAUUUCAGCUCCAAGCAAGGAUGCCCCCAUGUUCGUCAUGGGUGUGAAUGAGCAGGAGUAUAAAUCGAACAUUGACAUUGUUUCCAAUGCCAGCUGCACUACCAACUGUUUAGCUCCCCUGGCAAAGGUGAUCAAUGAUAAAUUUGGUAUCGUUGAGGGUUUGAUGACCACCGUCCAUUCCAUUACUGCGACACAGAAAACUGUUGAUGGACCAUCAAUGAAGGACUGGAGGGGUGGAAGAGCUGCUGGGUUUAACAUUAUUCCUAGCAGUACUGGAGCUGCCAAGGCGGUUGGAAAAGUGUUACCGGCAUUGAAUGGAAAGCUGACUGGAAUGUCUUUCCGUGUUCCAACUGUAGAUGUCUCAGUGGUGGAUCUCACCGUGAGGCUUGAGAAGAAGGCUACCUAUGAUGAGAUCAAAGCUGCAAUCAAGGGAGAGUCAGAGGGAAAGCUGAAAGGGAUAUUGGGUUACACUGAAGAUGAUGUGGUUUCCACUGACUUUGUUGGUGACAACAGGUCAAGCAUCUUUGAUGCCAAGGCUGGAAUUGCUCUCAAUGAAAACUUCGUUAAGCUUGUGUCUUGGUAUGACAACGAGUGGGGCUACAGCACCCGGGUUGUUGACUUGAUCUGUCACAUGGCAUCGUGCAAGUAAGGCAUGGAGGAUUUGCGACCUGCUUCAAUGUUUCUUUUUUGUUUUGAUCUUUUCAUUUGAUGAGAGUCUUGAUUUAGACAAGAUGAUGGUGAUCCUGCUCUCCAUCCAAAUAAAAAGUUUUUACUAUGAAAUGUAAUGCUAAACUAUUUUUGGUUGUUGAUUGACAGCAGGGAGGGAGGCCUACCUCCUAUUUUGUGAUAAAAGCCAGCAGUUCUUAGGACUUU